GCACUGCCGGACAACCAGGCCCAGGUCACUUUCAUCGCCCACGGCGUGCGCGACUCCGCGCUGCUCUACGUCCAAGCUGCCCCUGUGACCAUCUCGCUGCCCCCGGGGACACAGAGGGACCUGCAGGUGACUGCGCCCGACACCAUCGAGCUGAGCUGCCAGGUCUCCAGAGCCGACGCCCGGGUCGACUGGUCCAAGGACGGCCGGGAGCUCGGCCCCAGUGACCAGCUGACCAUGGAGACGUCAGGACAGACGAGGAGGCUGGUCGUCCAGUCUAGCCGGACAUCCGACUCCGGACAGUACACCUGCCACACCGCCGACAGUGUGGUGACUUUCUGUGUUACUGUAUCAGCUGCCCCUGUGACCAUCUCGCUGCCUCCGGGGACACAGAGGGACCUGCAGGUGACUGCGCCCGACACCAUCGAGCUGAGCUGCCAGGUCUCCAGAGCCGACGCCCGGGUCGACUGGUCCAAGGACGGCCGGGAGCUCGGCCCCAGUGACCAGCUGACCCUGGAGACGUCAGGACAGACGAGGAGGCUGGUCGUCCAGUCUAGCCGGACAUCCGACUCCGGACAGUACACCUGCCACACCGCCGACAGUGUGGUGACUUUCUGUGUUACUGUAUCAGAGCCGCCGGUGAGGAUAGUGAACGCAACCGAUGACACCAGGGCAGAGUACCAGACGUCUGACCGGAUCGUCCUGAGCUGCGAGCUGUCUCGGCCCAACGCCCAGGUGACCUGGUACAAAGACGGGCUGGAGGUGGAGGGGGACGGCAACGUAACCACCGUGGGCCACGGGGCGCACCGCAGUCUCGUCGUCCAGUCCGCCCAGGCCGAGGACUCCGGGGAAUACGUCUGUGACGCCGGGGAUGACUCCAUCUUUUUCGACAUCACCGUCAAAGAUCCACGGGUGACACUGCGAGGCGUGGAGCAGGCGGCACGCACGCAGUACCAGAGCGGAGACUCGGUGGAGCUGAGCUGCGAGGUGUCCCACGCCGGCGCUGAGGUCAAGUGGUCCAAGGACGGCCAGGGAGUGGACCAGGCGCCGGGGGUGGAGGUGCGGGCCCAGGGGGCCCACAGGAGGCUGCUCAUUCCCCACUGCUCCCCCGAACACAGCGGGGUCUACGCCUGCCAGACCACGGGCGACUCUCUCUCCUUCAACAUCGCCGUGGCCGAGCCACCGGCACGUAUAACGCGCCCCGCCCAGCGCGCCACGGAGCUGAGGUAUCUGACCGGUGAAGACAUCCUCCUGGAGUGCGAGGUGUCCCGAGCGGAUGCGGAGGCCAAGUGGUACAAGGACGGGGAGAAGGUGGACGAGAGUGGACGGACAUCGGGCGGGGGCGCGGGGUCAGCGCGGACCCUGGCGGUCAAGGGAGCAGAGCCGGCAGACUCCGGGGAGUACCUGUGCGACAUCCGUGACGACAGCGUUGUGUUCAGGGUCUUCGUGGAAGACCCGCCGGUGACCAUUGUCGGAAGCAACAGGAUCUCGGAGGUCCAGAGUUUCACCGAGUGCGAGACCAUCGCCAUGACCUGCGAGCUGUCCCACCCCGACGUCCAGGUCCGUUGGUACCGAGACGGGAUCGAGCUGCUGGACGGGGAGAAGACCAGGAUCGAGGGGCGGGGGCUGACCCGGGAGCUGAUGGUCUUUGACUCCGAGCCCAGCGACUCCGGGGAAUACGUCUGUGAUGCCGGCAAUGACAGGCUGAUCUUCAAAGUGACCGUCACAGAGGCGGCGGUGGUCUUCACCAACAAGGGGAAGCUUCCAGAAGAGGUGGAGGCCAGCGAGGGCGGGAAGGCAGUGUUGGCGGCCAUCGUGUCCAAGGAGGGCGUUGACGUGACCUGGUAUCGACACAAGGAGGCCCUGGGCCCCAGCGACAAGAACGAGCUCAGGAACGAGUCUCGUGUUCACAGUCUCAGCCUCAAGGACGUGCAGAGAGAAGAUUCCGGACUCUACCUCUGCCGCUCGACCGACGAUGAGAUGAUGUUCAACGUGACCGUCACAGAGCUCCCCCUGCUGUUCGUGCUGAGACUUGCGGAUGUGAGUGUCCAGAGUGGUGGAGCGGUCACUCUGUGGUGUGAGCUGACCAAGGCCAAGGGAGACGUGGUGUGGCUGAAGGACGGCGGGGAGGUAUGGCCGGGCCGCGGGAGGGUGAUCCGUGCGGAGGGUCGCCUACGGUCCCUCACCCUGACACAGGCCGCCCUGGAGGACCAAGGGGAGUACGUGUGUGAGAGCAAGGAUGACAGCACGGCAGCUCGGGUCACCGUCAGCGUGGCGCGCGUGGUGGAGUUUAUCACGGACCUGCAGAGCGUGACGGUGCUGGAAGGCGACACGGCCAAGUUCACGUGCGUGGUGACGCCGGAGGACGUGCGGCUGGCGUGGAGGGUGAACGACGCAGAGGUCGGGCCCGAUGAUGACGAGUACCUGGCCUCCCACAACGGCCUGUGCCACACUCUGCUGGUCCGAGCCUGCCGGGCCGGACAGGGGGCCAAAGUGGUGGCGGAGGCCGAGGGAGUCUUCUCCAGUGCCAACCUCCGCGUGCAAGAGGCCCAGCUGGUGUUCACCAGGAAGAUGUCGAGCCUGGGGGUGGAGGAGCUACAGGAGGCCAGGUUCCAGGUGGAGGUGAGCUGUGAGACUGCGGAGGUGCGGUGGAUGCGGCAGGGAGUGGUGGUGCAGGCCACGGACCGGCUGCUCCUGCAGCGGGACGGCAGGGCGCGGGCGCUGACCAUCGCCGCGGCAACCGCCGCUGACCGGGGCACCUACCGCUGCGAGACGCUGCACGACUGGACGCAGGCCAAGCUGAGCGUGGAGCCCCGGCGGGUCAGCCUGAGGAAGGCGUUGGUGGACGUGGAUGCAGUGGAGCAGGAGGCAGCCACCUUCCAGGUGGAGUUGUCCCACCCGGACGUGGAGGGCCAGUGGAUCAAGGACGGAGUCCGGGUCAAGCCGUGCCCCAGCCGGAGGGUCAGCGUGGCGGGGACAGUCCACGGACUCACCCUCUCCCCGCUCACCCUGGAGGACACGGGGACCAUCGCCUUCCAGAGUGAGGGCAUCCGCUGCUCAGCACGGCUCACUGUUAGAGAGCCGCCGGUCACCUUCCUGAAGCCGCUGCAGGACCUGCGGGUCCCAGACACCACGGUGGUCACUCUGGAGUGCGAGCUGUCCCGUCCCAACGCCCAGGCCCGCUGGUACAAGAACGGCUGGGAGCUCAAACCGGGCCAGAGCGUCCGGAUCUACUCCUUGGGGAAGAAGCGGGUAGUGCAGCUGGGAAGGUGCGGGCUGGGAGAAUCCGGAAUAUAUACCUGCGACGUCGGAGACAGCAAGACCAGCGCCAAGCUGGAGGUUUACGAACGGGAGAUCGUCAUCACGAAGCCGCUGGAGGAUGUGGAGGUGCGGGAGAACGGCAACGCGGUCUUCGUCUGCGAAGUCUCGCACGAGGGGGUGAAGAGCGAGUGGUGGAAAAACGGAGAGAAAGUCAAGUCGAACAACUGCGUCAAGAUGAGGCAGGAGGGGAACAAGCACUUUCUCCUGAUCUGUGGGGUGCGGGCUGAGGACGCCGGGCAGAUCUGCUUCACGGCCAAGGACGUUGAGUGCACGGCGAACCUCAACGUUGAUGAGUUGCCGAUUAAGAUCGUGAAGCCACUGCGAGACAAGACAGCUCUGGAGAAGCACAAGGUGAUUCUGGAGUGCAAGGUGUCCAAGCCCAGGGCCCAGGUGCGAUGGUUCCGGGCCGGGCAGGAGCUGGAAGACGGAGACAAGUACCAGAUCAGCAGCGAGGACUGCUACCGCAAGCUGGUCAUCCACGGCAUCACCCUCCAGGACGAAGACACCUACACCUGCGAUGCCUUCGACGACAGCUCCUCGGCCAGGGUCCUGGUGGAAGAACAAGCCAUCCUGGUGGUGAGGGAACUGCAGGACGUGGAGGUGACAGCUCCGGGUGUGGCCCAGCUGGAGUGCGAGCUGUCGGUGCAGGUGAUGAGAUCGCCACAGUGGAGCCUGAACGGGAAGCUCCUGGCCCGCGGCCCGGGCGUGCGGAUGGAGACCACGGGCACCGUCCAGCGCCUGGUCCUGACCGACACCUCGCCAACCAUGAGCGGCCUGGUCAAGUUCACCGCCGGUAAGGCCAGGACCAGCGCCCAGCUCACCGUCAAAGCUGAGUAGAUGGAGCAGAAUGAAGAGAGAUGCACACCACUUGUGGAGGUUCGCACACCGACAACAGGUCACUUCCAGACCCCCCCCCGGACUGGCCCCCACCCCCUACCCUCGGUGUGUGGUUUAGGCAUCUCGUUGUUGGCCCAACAGACCACGUCUCAAGUCACCUCUCACCAUAUCCGAAACCCUGUACGCACUGCCAGAUGAAGAAGGGUCCCGACCCGAAACGUCAAAGAGUCUGAAGAAGGGUCUGGACCCGAAACGUCACCUAUCCAUGUUCUCCACAGAUGCUGCCUGACCCGCUGAGUUACUCCAGCAUUUUGUGUCUAUCAUCAUAAUGAACCAGCAUCGUAUCGGGCCAAAACUCUUUUGGAAAUAGGCCACGUUUCGGGUUUCGGCCCGAAACGUUGCCUAUUUCCUUCACUCCACAGAUGCUGCCUGACC